CUUCACCCAAACCAGGACAAUGGACAAAAUCGCCGUGGCAUACAAAGAAAAGAUGAAGGAGCUGUCCAUGUUCUCGCUCAUAUGCUCCUGUUUUAACCCGAGGACACAGAAAAACCUGGAUUCCAAGACAGACUCAGACAUGGAGGUGAAGCCCAUAAAUAAACGGGCCUCAGGUCAGGCCUUCGAGGUGAUCCUGAAGCCCCCCUCUCCAGUGUCAGAUGUGGCGCACAGUAUCACAUCCCCUCCCAAGAAGAGGGACAUCUCUCUGGAAGACAUUCAGAAGAAACUGGAGGCUGCCGAAGACCGCAGGAAAUCUCAAGAGGCCCAAGUGCUGAAAUCUCUGGCUGAGAAACGGGAGCACGAGCGGGACGUGCUCUUCAAAGCCAUGGAGGAAAACAACAACUUUAGCAGGAUGGCUGAAGAAAAGCUCAUUUUAAAAAUGGAGCAAAACUCUGAGAACCGCAGGGCUCACCUGGCAGCCAUGUUGGAGCGCCUGCAUGAGAAGGAGCAACGCGCUGCUGUGGUUCGCAGAAACAAGGAGCUGAGAGAAGAACUCAUGGCAUGAAGGCAUCUUUUCCACACUUUUCCUCACUCCGCUCAUCAGCUCACUUAUCCUCCUGUUACACACACACACACACACACACACACACACACACACACACACACACACACACACACACACACACACACACACACAGAGUCAGUACUAUAGUCUAGCAAGUAACAUUCUCCUAUACCGUUUAAAUGGUCUGGCUUGAUUUCAUAGAUUAUGACAGAUUAUUUUGUAAAUAUAUCAUAUAACUUUUAGAUUAAACAAUACCACACGCCAAAUGUAUGUCAAAUGUAUCAAACUUAUCAAUGACACAGCAUCAUUAUUAAUUUAUUUAUCGAAGUAUUUGAGACUAAUUCUUUUUGAUUAGCGAUAUCAUUUGUUUAUUUAUUCAGUUGGAAGAUUCUGGAGUUCUGGACUAAAUGAUGGUUGGUCUUAUUGUGACGAACACAAACAGACACACUGGGACACUCUCAGCACACACACACACACACACACACACACACACACACACACACAAAUAUACAACAAACCGUACAGUGUAUUUAUGCUUAUAUACAAUAUAAUCAUGACAUUGCACUUCUUCCAUCUACUGAAUGAAACAACCUUGUUCAAGCUUAACACGUUCUCCUGAGCCAACUCCUGGACUUAAUCUUAAAAUGCAAAAUGUUCCGUCUCUUUACAUGCCGUUUUUAUAUUACUCCUAAGAGCAUGUUUUUUUCUCACUUUGACUUCCCCACCUAGUGUUGACACUGGCUUUCAUUUUCUGAACACCGACACACUUGAUUUAGCUUUUUUUUUUCCAGCAGGACACUCCAUCAUCUCA